UUCCUGGCUUCUCCUCCAUAACUCUGUUUCCCAACUUCUACCCAGAAGCUACCUCUCUUUUUUAUAUAUUUUUCAAAUCUAUUCUAAUUUAUGACUCAUUUUUCAUUAUGACCCACUCAUCAUUGCAUCCUUCUUCCAAACCACCUUUUACAUCAAGCUUUCGAUGUCUGGUGUUACUAACUUACAAUUAAUGAUUUGUGCCGACACCCAAAAAAACAAAAAUAUAUAUAUUUCUGCACUGAUAAUCCUAAACAUGGUUUAUCCUUUUUUGUCAUGGGUUUAGCAUGUUUGCUUCAUAAACUGAGUCAGCAGUGCUGCUAAUUCCCAUUUACCUUCUUUUCCUGUCCUCCCACAUCUUCCUGUUUCCCCCCUGUCCUCCCACAUGUCCCUCCAUCCCGCUUGCCAAAACAAUCCCUGUCUAGCAUCAUUUCUAUUGCUCCACUGCCACUUCACCAUAGAAACCCAUUCCCUGUCUCCUGCACUCUCUACCUGUCUUUAGCCAUUAUUCAUAUUCAUUUUUUUCCAAUCGUGAACAUCUGCAAAGCUGUUAUGUGGUCCACCUUCUUUCUGCACGAAGAGGAUGGCAGGCCGAUUCCACCAGGGAUGGGCGUAGGACCAGGAGCAGGUCCACUGGGACUGACCGGUGUCAUGGGUGGCAGAGGGGCUGGGGCUGGUGCUAUGGGAGUUAAGCGCCGGGCAAAAGCGUUGACAUCGAGACACCCAGGGGGCAUGAGCGAGGUCCAGAAGGGCAAGAUUAAGCUGGCGUUCUUCGUGGCCAUCGUGGGCGUGGUAUUGACAGUCUUGGGCUUGGGCACAGAGUAUUGGGUGGAGCUGUCCCCGCCCAAGAACUUCUACAACAACCAGACGUGUCUGGCGGCUCACUACGGGCUCUGGAAAGGAUGCUCCCGGACUCUGUGGGUGGCGGACAUAGACCCUGAGCGAGAGAGCUGUGGGCCGGCUGAACUGCCAGGAGAAUCUCACUGCAACUACUUCAAGUUCUACACCACCGGAGAGAACGCUGUCAUCUUCCAGAAGACGACAGAAAAGAGUCUGAAUGUGGCGGCAGCCAUGAUGGCCCUCUUCGGUCUCUUCCUGAUGGUCAUGGGGGCCAUAUGCAUCACCACAGCCCUCAGCAAAGGAGAAUCGUUCUUCCUCAAGCCUGCUUCGGUUUGCUUCAUUCUGUCAGGCCUCCUGAUGCUCCUAUCUCUUGCUGUUUUCAACCAAUCGGUCCUCUCCUUCCUAGCCAGUGACCACUCGGUGCCGUUGCGUCACGAGCUGUCUUGGUCAGUGUCCUGUAUUGGGUGUGCAGGGGUCAUGCUUAUUUUGGGCGGGAUCCUCUUUCUCUUGCUUGCACUGCCAUUCAGCCCCUGGCGAAGGUGUUUUCCCCCCAAAAAUGAAAGUGGCAGCUAGUGAAGAGAAGGAAGUAUUGCACUUUAUCUGUAUGUCUUAUAACUGUUGUCGAGAAAUGGUGUCUCUUGCAGUUUUACAUUUCACGAAGAUGUUCCUUGUCUUAAAUGUUUUCUCUCUCUUUAUUUUGCAUAAAUCAGUAGAGCUCAUUAAAGGGACAUUAUACUGCUCUUGACUUAUGAAAGCUGAAUAAUUAACACUUACGAUAACCAGGUUUCCAUCCAACAUUUAUAUGUGAGUAAAAUGCAUGUUGAAUAACAAAAUGUCAUGACAGGCGUGAGACAUAUUUUUUGGAAACAUAUUUUUGGGGGGUAAACUUUCCAAAUGUCAACAAAACAAAAUACGCCAGACAAGGUGGGAUCUUUCUUUGUCGGUAAAAUGAAUUAUGCGAGAAAUGUCGGUGGAAACGAUUUUAACCAUCAUAUCGAGUAAACUUUGAGUCACGCAAUGACAUGUUGUGUGGUCCUCCCACUACGACUCGUCGGGAAAGCAUGCAGUCUAUUAGGCUACAGAUGAAAUAAUUUAUGACAAACUUCACAGGCUGGUGAAAGUGCAAGGUGAUUAGCUUGAUGCUCCUUUCCAAUAAAUAUUGAGGGUCUUAUUCUGGUGAACUGAUAAUCGAUGCUUGGCUGCCGUUUGACAAAUAAAAAUAACGUUGCUCUUUUGUCCAUAAUAAUGGUAGGCUAUAGGUGCGCUCUAGCCAACAGCGAAAUGCGCGUUCGUGGCUUCAAGCUCAAGUGACAAAACCAGUGUAUGCGACCACGCUAUAUAACGCAAACUUUUUUUUGUGAGAAAACUCAGUAGAGUUGAAAAUGGGAUGAAAACCUCUUUAAUCUUCAAUAAGUACAUUUGAUCGAAACAUGUCUGGUGGGAAAAUGCACAUAUUUGUUUUUAUGAUGAUUUUAGAAUACUCACCUGAACAUCUGUCACCAAUUGGAUGGAAACCUAGCUACUGACACAUUUCUUGGGAGAAUCAAAGGUGUUAGUUGACAGCGAAAAUAUCACAUUGCAUGUGCAAAAGUGUAAUGUGCUGGUAUGUUCAAACAUCUCCCCAAGUGUGAAAUUCAAGUUAUUCAAAAUAAUAUUAAAUGAACGUAACAAGAACAACUGUUUACAGUUGUUUUUUGAAUUUGUAAACAUUACUUUUAAAGUAUUUUUGCCAAAACGUUGAUGAUGUUGUGAUCGACAGUCUCAUUAGAGAGUAUACUUUUAAAGAUAGUACUAGGGAUUCAGCUCUAUUACACAGAAAGAAAGUACCGUACAAAAAAUCUAGAGUUUCUAUUAAAUAAAUACAUACACAAUCCCAUGAUAUUGUAAUGUUUUUACAACUGCCUUUAAUAUACAGAUACAGUGCAUUCGGGAAGUAUUCAGACACCAUUCCUUUUUACACAUUUUGUUACGUUACAACCUUAUUCUAAAAUGGAUUACAUUGUUUUUCCCCCCCUCAUCAAUCUAUAAACAAUACCUCAUAAUGACAAAGCAACGACAGUUUGUUAGAUUUCUUUCUACAUUUAUUAAAACAAAAAAACUGAAAGAUCACAUUUACUAAGUAUUCAAACUCUUUAUUCAGUAUUUUGUUGAAGCACCUUUGCAGCGAUUACAGCCUUGAGUCUUCUUGGGUAUGAAGCCAAACGGUUGUCACACCUGUAUUUAGGGAGUUUCUCCCAUUCUUCUCUGCAGAUCCUCUCAAGCUCUGUCAGGUAGGAUGGGGAGCGUCGCUAAACACAGCAAUUUUCUCAAGAGAUGUUCGAUCAGGUUCAAGUCUGGGCUCUGGCUGGGCCACUCAAGGACAUUCAGAACUCCUGCGUUGUCUUGGCUGUGUGCUUAGGGUCAUUGUCCUGUUGGAAGGUGAACCUUCACCCCAGUCUGAGGUUCGGAGCGCUCUGGAGCAGGUUUUCAUCAAGGAUCUCUCUGUACUUUGCUUUGUUCAUCUUUCCCUUGAUCCUGACUAGUCUCCCAAUCCCUGCAGCUGAAAAACAUCCCCACAGCAUGAUGCUGCCACCCCCAUGCUUCACCAUAGGGAUGGUGCCAGGUUUCCUCCAGACGUGAAGCUUGGGAUUGAGGCCAAAGAGUUCAAUCUUGGUUUCAUCAGACCAGAGAAUCUUGUCAUGGUGUGAGAGUCAUUUAGGUACCUUUUGGCAAACUCCAAGCAGGCUGUCAUGUGCCUUUAAUUGAGGAGUGGCUUCCUUCUGGCCACUCUACCAUAAAGGCCUGAUUGGUGGAGUGCUGCAGAGAUAGUUGUCCUUCUGGAAGGUUCUCUCAUCUCCACAGAGGAACUCUGGAGCUCUGUCAGAGUGACCAUUGGGUUCUUGGUCACCUCCCUGACCAAGGCCCUUCUCCUCCAUUUGCUCUGUUUGGCCGGGCGGUGUGCUCUAGGACGAGUCUUGGUGGUUCCAAACUUCUUCCAUUUAAGAAUGAUGGAGGCCACUGUGUUCUUGGGGACCUUCAAUGCUGCAGACAUUUUUUUGGUACCCUUCCCCAGAUCUGUGCCUCAACACAAUCCUGUCUCGGAGCUCUACGGGACAAUUCCUUUGACCUCAUGGCUUGGUUUUUGCUCUGACAUGCACUGUCAACACUGGGACCUUAUAUAGACAGGUGUCUGCCUUUCCAAAUCAUGUCUAAUCAAAUGAAUUUAAGACAGGUGUACUCCAAGUUGUAGAAACAUCUCAAGGAUGAUCAAUGGAAACAAGAUGCUCAUUAGUUAAAUUUCAUGUAUCAUAGUAAAGGGUCUGAAUACUUAUGUAAAUAAGAUAUUUUUUAUUUUAAUACAUGUCCUAAAAUUUAUAAAAACCUGUUUCCGCCUUGUCGUUAUGAGGUAUUGUGUGUAGAUUGAUGAGUAAAACAUGUUAUUUAAUACAUUUUGGAAUAAGGCUGUAACGUAACAAAAUGUGGAAAAAGACAAGGAGUCUGAAUACUUUCCGAAUACACCGUAUAUGUAAAUAUAUCAAAGAGACAUUACCCUCUAAAAUCUAAAUAUUUUCAGAACUCAAAGCUAAUGUCACGAUUAGUCUACGUCCCAGGUCAACAUGUUUUGUAGAUUCAGUUAUUUUCCACAAUUUAAAAGUAAUGUAAAAGAUGUAAAUUCCAGAUCUGCGGUGCUUAUCUUUUCCAUUAAUUUGUGUAGCCUGAUCUACAUAACCAGUGGCGUGGGAUGUGUGGACUCAUACUGACAUUAGACUACUUUUGAGGUCUUAAAAACAUCUGACAAUGUUGAUUUUGGAGUCCAAUGUCCCUUUAAAUGUUAGACGCACCAUCUGCUCCAAGUACGUGGGUGACUAUAUUAUAGAAAUGGCCGUAAAUUACUAAAGCGGCACUGUCUAAAAACAUCUCUGGCUGAAAGAACAGACAAUUUCAUUUCAAUUUCAUCGUAAACCUUAUUGAAGAGGUAAAGUGCCACAAUUUACUGCAGAAUUUAGGCUACUAACCAGAUACAGUGCCUUCUGAAAGUAUUCACACCCCUUUACUUUUUCCACAUUUUGUUGUGUUACAGUCUGAAUUUACAAUUAAUUAGAUUGCAAUUUUUUGUCACUGGCCUAAUGGCCCCAUAAUGUCAAAGUGGAAUUAUGUUUUUCGAAAUUUUUACAGAUUAAUUAAAAAUGAAAAGCUGAAAUGUCUUCAGUCAAUAAACUCUUUGUUAUGGCAAGCCUAAAUAAGUUCAGGAGUAAAAAUGGAUUUAACAAGUCACAAUAAGUUGCAUGGAUUCCCUCUGUUUGCAAUAAUAGUAUUUAACAUGAUUUUUGAAUGACUGCCUCACCUCUGUACCCCACGCAUACAAUUAUCUGUAAGGUCCCUCAGCUAAGCAGUGAAUUCAAACACAGAUUCAAUCACAAAGACCAGCGAUGUCUUCCAAUGCCUCGCAAAGAAGGCCACCUAUUGGUAGAUGGAUAAAAAAUGUAAUAAAAAACAGACAUUGAAUAUCCCUUUGAGCAUCGUGAAGUUAUUAAUUACACUUUGGAUGGUGUAUCAAUACACCCAGGCACCAUAAAGAUACAGGCGUCCUUCCUAACUCAGUUGCCGGAGAGAAAGGAAACCAUUCAGGGAUUUCACCAUGAGGCCAAUGGUGACUUAAAAACCGUUACGGAGUUUAAUGUCUGUGAUAGGAAAAAACUGAGGAUGGAUCAACAACAUUGUAGUUAAUCCACAAUACUAACCUAAUUAUCAGAGUGAAAAGAUAGAAGUCUAUACAGAAUAAAAACAUUCCGAAGCAUGCAUCCUGUUUGCAACAAGGCACUAAAGUAAUACUUAAAAAAUGUGGCAAAAUGUUUAUUUUUGUCCUGAAUACAAACUAUCAUGUUUGGGGCAAAUCAAAUACAACAUGUUAUUGAGUACCACUCUUCAUGUUUUCAAGCAUAGUGGUGGCUGCAUCCUCUUAUGGGUAUGUGUCACGUUCCUGACCUAUUUAUGUUAGUUUUUGUGUGUUAGUUGGUCAGGACGUGAGGUUGGGUGGGCAUUCUAUGUUAUCUGUUUCUAUGUUGGUUUUGGUUUGCCUGGUAUGGCUCUUGAUUAGAGGCAGGUGGUUUGCGUUUGCCUCUAAUUAAGAGUCAUAUUUAGGUAGGGCAUUCUCACUGUUUGUUUGUGGGUGAUUGUCUCCUGUGAUGUCUUCGUUGUGUUCGAUGUUAUUCACUCUCGGGGCUGUUUGGCUGUUCGUACGUUUCGAUGUAACGUUCCUGUUCGUGAGUUUACGUUUGUCGAUGUAAGUUUAUGUUCAGGUUCCGUUCGUUACGUUUUGUUAUUUUGUGUAAGUUUUGAAAGUGUUUUGUUUUGUUUAGUGGCCGUCGUAUUUGUAAUAAAGAUGGCUUAUUUCCCUGA